UGCGCUCUUUCCACAUCGAUCUCACUUCAAAAAAUAUCAGAAAUCAGUUUUCGUUAUCGCUGAGCUGAGUCCGUUAUUUGUUGUUCCAUCUUUUUCAGAAGGAGCAUUCCCUUCUGUGACGUGGUUAAGUGUUGGAAAAUGACGGUGACACCUAAGAUCUCUGUUGAGGAUGGAAACCUUGUUGUCCAUGGCAAGACCAUAUUGACUGGUGUUCCCGACAACAUUGUGCUGAGUCCAGGAUGUGGAAAUGAACUUGGGAGUGGUGCUUUCGUUGGUGCUACAGCUUCCCACAGCAAAAGUCUCCAUGUGUUUUCCAUGGGUGUCUUGGAGGGGCUCCGGUUCUUGUGUUGUUUCCGUUUCAAGUUAUGGUGGAUGACUCAGAGAAUGGGAACUUGUGGAAGGGAUGUCCCUCUGGAGACCCAAUUCAUGCUUCUAGAGAGUAAAGACAGCGAAGGAGAUGAGGAAAAUUCUCCAAUAAUCUACACGGUCUUGCUUCCUCUCCUGGAAGGUCAAUUCCGAGCUGUACUACAAGGCAAUGAUAAAAACGAGAUAGAGAUUUGCCUAGAGAGUGGAGAUAGUGCUGUUGAGACUAAACAAGGUCUUCACCUGGUCUACAUGCAUGCUGGGACAAACCCCUUUGAAGUCAUCAACCAAGCUGUCAAGGCUGUGGAAGAACACAUGCAAACUUUUCAUCAUCGUGAGAAGAAAAGAUUGCCAUCUUUUCUUAACUGGUUUGGCUGGUGUACAUGGGAUGCUUUCUAUACUGAUGUCACAGCUGAAGGUGUUGAGGAAGGCCUGAAAAGUCUAUCAGAGGGAGGUACUCCUCCACGGUUUCUCAUCAUAGAUGAUGGUUGGCAACAGAUUGAAUGUAAACCAAAGGAUGCAGAUUGUGUUGUACAAGAAGGAGCACAGUUUGCUACUAGGUUGACUGGUAUUAAGGAGAAUACUAAAUUUCAAAAGAAUGGUCAGAGCAAUGAACAGAUAUCAGGUCUGAAGCAUCUUGUAGAUGGAGCAAAGCAACGUCACAAUGUGAAAAAUAUUUAUGUAUGGCAUGCACUAGCUGGUUAUUGGGGUGGAGUGAAGCCAGCAGCAAGUGGCAUGGAACAUUAUGACAGUGCGUUGGCAUACCCAGUGCAGUCACCCGGUGUACUGGGAAACCAACCAGACCUUGUCAUGGACAGCUUGGCUGUACAUGGUCUUGGUCUAGUGCAUCCAAAGAAGGUUUUUGAUUUCUACAAUGAGCUCCAUGCUUACUUAGCUUCAUGUGGAGUAGAUGGUGUGAAGGUUGAUGUGCAGAACAUUAUUGAGACCCUUGGUUCUGGACAUGGUGGCAGAGUCUCACUUACACGCAGCUAUCAUCAUGCACUUGAGGCUUCCAUUGCGCGUAACUUUCCCGAUAAUGGAUGCAUUGCUUGUAUGUGUCACAACACUGAUGGGCUUUAUAGUGCUAAGCAGACUGCUGUUGUGAGAGCCUCUGAUGAUUUUUACCCACGUGAUCCUGCUUCACACACAAUCCAUGUUUCAUCUGUUGCUUACAACUCACUAUUCCUUGGAGAAUUUAUGCAGCCUGACUGGGACAUGUUCCAUAGUUUACAUCCAGCUGCAGAGUAUCAUGCUGCAGCUCGUGCAAUUGGUGGAUGUCCAAUUUAUGUUAGUGACAAGCCAGGCAACCACAAUUUUGAUCUUCUUAAGAAGCUGGUUCUCCCUGAUGGUUCAGUUCUUGGUGCUCAGUUACCUGGCAGGCCUACCCGUGAUUGUCUCUUUGCUGAUCCAGCAAGAGAUGGGACUAGCUUGCUCAAAAUAUGGAACUUGAACAAAUGCUCUGGAGUUGUUGGUGUAUUUAACUGCCAAGGUGCUGGAUGGUGCAAGAUAGAGAAGAAAACCCGCAUUCAUGAUGCUUCUCCUGGUACACUCACUGGCUCUGUCUGUGCCUCUGAUGUUGACCUCAUCACCCAAGUUGCUGGUACUGAAUGGCUUGGCGAGACUAUUGUUUAUGCAUACAAAUCAGGUCAGGUGAUUCGGCUACCAAAAGGGGUUGCGGUUCCAGUGACACUAAAAGUUCUGGAGUUUGAACUUUUCCAUUUCUGUCCAAUCUAUGAAAUAGCACGAAGUAUUUCAUUUGCAGCAAUAGGGCUAUUAGAUAUGUUUAAUGCUGGAGGAGCUGUGGAGCAGGUAGAAAUCCAUAGAGCCUCUGACAACAAAGUAGAAACAUUUGAUGGUGAGGUGUUAUCGGAACUGGCCACUCCUCUCAGUUCUAACCGAGCAGCAACUGCAACUAUUGCUCUGAGAGUCAGGGGAAGGGGCAGAUUUGGGGUUUACUCCUCCCAGCCCCCACUGAAGUGUGUGGUUGGUGGCACUCAAACCGACUUCAACUAUGACUCGGAGACUGGGUUGACAACCUUCUCCAUUCCUGUUCCUCCAGAGGAGAUGUACAGAUGGUCUGUAGAAAUCCAAGUUUGAGUCAUUAGAGAGGGGUUUUGUUGUUCUUAACGUUAUCAUUAAGAGAGAUUUUGGUCUAAUAACUAGACAUCUAUAAGUAGCAUGGGGUUGGGAAAGUGGAAUAUUUUAAUGCAUGUAGCUGAGAGUAAAGGGUCAUUAGUGGGGGAGAGGAAUGAUCUUUACCCGGGGAUGUUACAUGUUUUGCUUCUUUUGAAUAAAAAGUUCACAUCUGUUUGAACAAUUUCUGAAUUUAUAGCAUUUGUUGAACUUGGAUAAUAAUAAAGAAAAAAUGAAGGGUUAUAUGAUUGUUUGGAUCUGUUUGUAAUGUGGUUGAAAACUUUAUUGAGCCAGUUAAUGUCUGCUGGGGGAGCAAGUAAUAUACAAAGCCAAUGCACAGAUAUGUUACCAUUCUAAUGCAACUCUUGGUUCCAGCCAAGAUGAUGUAUCAUGUCAUGUGGCUAUUUCGUUGAUGGAGUCCCCUUUAUGGUGACCGUGCCAAGUUAGCCUUGUGGAACUGCAAGCUCUUGUUUUACUUGAUGAGAUUGAAAGCUGUCAGGACUUCAGUUUAAAUUGUAAUUGAAAAUUAGGAAAAAUGUAAAAUAAUGGAGCUUGAUGAGAACAUAGGGACUAGUCUGGAGAGACUAUUACGGGAAGGUG